UUAAGUAGUCGCACGAUUACCAGUUGAUGAAGGUCUUUUCGUGUCUGCUAGGUGGUGGGCAUGCGGUUCAACUCGCCCGAGCGAGAUAUUAAACUCGGAGCGUAAUUGAAUUCUAAUCUCCAAAUGAGAGGUGUGGACGAAGGACGGAAGAGAAACAGGAGGUGGUGCUCUGUGGCACAGACACCACUCAGAAAAAAAUAAAAACUGAUGCAUUUAACAUGAGUCCUCGGUCCUGGUAUAACAGUUCUGUAAGAACGCGUUUUUUUUUUUUUUUUUUUUUUUUUUUUGUGGCACAUUACUAUCCUCAGUUUGAACGCAGUUGAUAACUUUUAGAAAGUGAUGGUUGAAGUUAAUUAUAGUUGUGGUGUUUAAGCGAACGAGAAAAUAGCUUGAUAUAUUUUCUUUCUUUUUUUUUUUUUUUUUUAACUUGCAUCGCCUGUGGAUGUAUCACUGUUCUGUUUUUUAUUGACACCAUUAUUGUCCUUAUUAUUUAGAAUUGGACCGACGAUUCAAAGAAACACCUUACAUUCUAAAAUAUAAACAAACCGGACUAGGUUUGACUGUUUUUGUGACAGUAAAUGUGUCGCGGAAAACAAGUUCAACCCCCUUAGCCUUUUUUAUUAGUGGAGAUAAAAUCACAUACACAUAUUGUUCCGGUUUUUUUUUAAAUUAUUUUUAAAUGGCAAAAGAUCUCAAGCCACGACUUUGCUGCAUGUCUAAAGGAGAGAAUGGGUACGGGUUUCAUCUCCACGGCGAGAAGGGUAAAAGCGGGCAGUACAUUCGGAAAGUAGAAGCUAAUUCGCCGGCGGAGGCUGCGGGAAUGCAGGCAGGUGACCGUGUUGUGGAGGUGAAUGGCGAGAACGUCGAAAAGCAUACUCAUCACCAGGUGGUCCAGCGAAUUAAAGCCGUGGAGAAGGAAACCCGCCUGCUGGUGGUGGAUAAAGAGACAGACGAUUUCUUGCGUUGGCUGCGUCUCACCUGCACGGAGGAGAUGGCCCGCAGCGGGGUGCCCAUCCCAGAACCAGCUCUGGCACCACAGGCUACCGUGAAGGAGAAUGGGACAGUGUGGAAACAGCAGCUAGUGCUCAGAAGUGAAGAGCCCAAGAGAAUGUCCACAAGACACAGCUCUGAGAACAGGAAAAAGGAAUCUCGCAGUCAGAUGAAGGAACUCCAUCCUAGACUGUGUGUCCUGAUCCGAGGGCAGAACGGCUAUGGGUUCAACCUUCACAGUGAGAAGUCGAAACCAGGACAGUACAUCCGGUCAGUGGACACAGGGUCACCAGCAGAGAAAGCCGGAUUAAAGCCACAAGACAGACUAAUUGAGGUAAACGGAGUGAACAUCGAAGAUUGGAAGCACUCUGAAGUGGUCGCUUUUAUCAAAUCCAGAGGGGAUGAGGCCAGGCUGCUGGUGGUAGACCAAGAGGCAGACGAGUACUUCAAGAAACGUGGGGUGACCCCCACAGGCAGCCAUGUGAAAGACCCCCUGCCUCAACCAAUUACCAGCGGGCCACCAAAACCACAGACUAAUGGGAGUUCAACAUCAGAUUCUUCUCACAGAGAAAUCGCCAGUCCAGAGAUCGCAGCAGAGAUAAAAGAAAACGUUGUCCAGCAGGACCCUUUUGCGGAGAGUGGUCUCAGCCUGAGCCCCACUGCGGCUGAAGCUAAGGAGAAGGCACAUGCAAAACGAGCAAAGAAACGGGCCCCUCAGAUGGACUGGAAUAAGAAGCAUGAAAUUUUCAGCAACUUUUAAAAAAAAAAAAAAAAAAAAAAAAAAUCAGCUUUUACCCUAUUUACAACAUCACAAUAACAUCAACGUCAACAACCACAAAAGUUGGUGUUUUACAAACCUCUGGAAUGAAAAGAGAAGGAUUUUGGUUUCUUGUGGGACAACGUGACCAGUCAUAUUGUUCCUCACUUGCGCAUAUAACAAGUGCAUUAACAUGCUUCAUGUUUAAGAAACUUUGAUAAUUGAAACAUUGAUUUGUUACUUUCUUUAACUGAACUAUUUACAAAUUAGUGGAUGUGCUGUACAGUAAAUGUGUGUUUUUUUUAUUAUUUGUUUUUUCAUUAAAAAAAACAUAGAUCCAUAGAUAUUAUUUGUCUGUCCAUAGAUAUUAUUUGUCUGUCUUACUCAGAAGUGAAGCAAUUGGAUUGUGUUGAAAAAGGACUAUCGCCACAUAACUAUUAUGAUGUAUGUUUUCUCAUGUGAUGCUCGAGGCUUUGUAUCUGUUAACAGCCUGAAGGGAAAGUGAACCACAUUGUUCAAGUUAAUUGAAAAGAAAGGAAAAAAAGGUAUUUUCUUGUAAGCUAAGACUGUCCUUCUUUUGUAUUAUAUAAUGUUGGUAUGUGUUUGUUAAACUAUUAUGUACUUAGUAGUUACCAUACGAAAGCAUUUUUAUAUAACUUAAGUCUAAAUAAAUGUGUCCCCUUUAUGGUACAGGGCAAAACAUGCAUAUUUUGAGAAUUUCAGAUUUCUUUGUGAAAAAUGCACAUAAAGAAAGCCAGUAGGUACUUAAAGGACAAAGUCAAACUGGGACUAAAAUGUGGAAGAUGUUUAUUUUUUUCUGCAGUGGAAGGUCCAAAUGACCUCUCUAAUGUACUUUGCUGUGCUUCACAGAUGCCAUGCUGACAGGCAACUGGACAUGCUAGAGGUAGCAGACUGGUUUUGGUUUGUUUUUAUGGAAGUGUUAAACUGACCAUAUCUCACAUUUGAUGUUCAGGAAGGAACAUAUAUUGCUUAGCAGUUUCAGACGCCAUUUUUACCAUGAUUGGCCCUGACAUGUCAAAUAGUCCUUGCCACGGACGAAUGAGGACAAUGUGUGUUAUCAAAGUCUUACACAUGGAUUAAACUGUAGGCAUUGGA